AUGAAGACUCUAGUGACAGCAUUAUGUAUUUUGGUUGCUGUGGCAAGUGGCUGCACGGAGCACAAUCAAGGUAGCACGCCGGUGCAUCUGCAACCACCAACAAAAGCUCCGGCCCCAGCCACGAGUGUGGACUGCACCAGCCUGAUGUUCAAUAUGGUGGAUUGCAUUACAUUUUUGGGCAAUGGUGGGAUCGAAUUGAAGCCCGAUAUGUCGUGUUGUUCGGGAUUCAAGAUGGCGGUGUACAAGAAUUCCGACUGCGUAUGUAAAGCCCUAAAGAUCGGUGUCAUUUUGGGUAUUGAUUUCAACAUGACUAUGGCCAUGAAAUUGCCUUCUGCAUGUGGUCUCUCUUCUUUUAAGCUUACUGGCUGCAAAGUUAAGACUCCAUCAAUAGCUGCUCCACCUCAAAAGUCUCCAGAUGUUCCCACCCCAACAAAGCCACAUGUAGCCCCCUCUGGCCGUGUUGGAACACCGGAAAUCCCCUCUGGCCAUGCCGGAACACCAGCACCACCUCAUGCAACCAAUGGAGCUUAUACCACACGUGCCACUUUUUCAAUUAUUUUUAGUUUGGUUGUUUCCGCUUCAUCAUUCUUUAAUGUCUUAGCCUAA